AUGAUUGGUAUACAAGGGAUUCGGAGCUUUUCCCCAGAAAAAAUGGAAACACUCCGUUUUGAAAAGCCUCUAACCCUAAUAGUAGGCCAUAAUGGUUCGGGGAAGACUACACUUAUAGAGUGUCUUAAAGUUGCGACGACUGGUGAACUCCCUCCCAAUGUGGAUAAGGGGAAGAACUUCAUUCACGACCCCAAAAUCGAUAAUGUACCGGAAGUUAGAGCUCAAAUUAAGCUCACUUUUAAAGCUUUUAACGGCAAUAUGGUGUGUGCCACUAGAAUCUACCAAUUAUUAAAUGUAAAAGAUAAAAUAGGCAAGAUUAAACAAAGUUUUAAGGCCCUAGAAAGUGUUUUACAGGUUAAAUUGCCCACCGGGGAAGAAUCUUGUGUCAGCCAUAAAUGUGUAGAUAUGGAUAUAGCAGUGCCUUCCCUCAUUGGUUUAUCGAAAGCUGUUUUAGAUUCUGUUAUAUUUUGCCACCAAGAAAACAAUACUUGGCCGUUAAGCGAUAAUGCUACGGUUAAAAAGAGGUUUGAUGAUCUGUUUCAGACGUCCAGAUAUGUAAAGGCACUAGAAGCAAUUGGCAAGGCUAGGAAGGAACAGUUAGAAGUAAAGAAGGAUAAGAAUGUGUAUUUACAUAUAUGCAAAAGCAAUCUCAGCCAGGCCAAGGACUAUGAAAAGCAACUUUCUGACUAUCGUAUUAUUGUUGAGGACCUGGAGCAAAGGAUUAGUGAAUAUGAAUCUGAUGAAUUUGAACUCAGCAAGAAAAUAGAAAACCUGCGACAAUGCGAAUUAAAUUUUAUGAAGGUGAAAAAUGAAAUUGAGAAGAUUAAUGCGGAAAUUAACAAUACCAAUGGUAGGAUUGAGGAACUAAAAUCCAAUCUUACAGAAGAAUAUCAAGAGUCUCUGGAUGAGCUUCUGCAAUUACAGGUGGAAUUUAAUGCACAAUUGAAUGAAAGCGAGGAUACUUUGGUGCAGUUGGAUAUGGAAAUUGAUAGGAUUAAAUUAUCUAAACCAUCAGUGUACAGUAGCGAAUUGUGGAUUACACUCAGUAAAAUGGUUAAAUCUAUAAAUGAAAUUAUGCCAACAAAUUUGGAAGGUCUCAUUGCACUUAAGAAUAAAUUGUCGACGUUACAAAGUAUAAAUAGUGUAAAUGCUGGAUGUUUUAAUAAUACCAUUGAUAAUCAUACGCCCACUGAAAUUAUAGUAGAAGAGUUGGAUCAUAUUAAAAAUUUAUCGCAAGACGUCAAAUUGAAUUUGUAUAACAUGGCCAUAAAAGAAAUCAAUAGCACUGGGAAAUGCAUCCUAUGUCGAACCACACUAGAAACUAGUAUUACACAGAGAUUACUACAGACACAACAAUUUUUGAUGAAUAACAAAUGUGAAAUAACUAACGCAGAAAGUAUUUCCCAAAUGCAUUCCAGCACUAGUGCAAAUUUUGAUGAUAUUGAGGAGGUGCUAAACAGCGAUUUAAUUGUUUCAAAUGGCAUAAACAAUGACAUUAUACUGAUGAUAGAUUCUAUCCUAGAACUGUCAAGUAAGAUUGAUGUUGAAGUGGAAAUGCAAUUAAAUGAAGUGAAUAAUCAACGUGCACAAGUUUGUGAAAAAAUUAUCAAUGAUAAGACAAUAAAACGAGUUUUGGUGGAUAACAUAAAAUUGAAAACCCUACAACAGCAAAAUAAAAGGCUACAAGAUGAUUUAAUGAUUCUGAGUUCAAACGUGACUAGCUGUGAAUCAGAAAUGCAAAAACUUACCGCUAACAUGAAUGUAAUAUCCUCAAACAGACAUGAAUGCAUGGGUUCCUUGAAGGCUAGAAGGGAUAUGAUUAAAGAGAUCGAAAUGAAGUUAGAAAGUCCUCUUUACAAAAAUGCCAAGGGCAAUUUUAUGGAUGCCCAAAUACAAUUGCAAACUGUAAUACUUGCGGAAAAGGACCUAGCUGUGUAUCAAAAGUCACUAGAUCUCGCUUUGACAAAAUAUCAUUAUAAAAAAAUGGAAGAGAUAAAUAUUGCCAUCAAAAGUAUAUGGCAGGAGUUGUACACUGGAAAUGAUAUCGAUUACAUUGCAGUAAGGUUCAAUGAGGAAACGGAUAAAUCGUUCCACUAUCGCAUUGUUAUGUCAAUAAAUGGCACAGAGUUGGAUAUGAGAGGGAGAUGUUCAGCAGGGCAGAGAAUGCUAGCAUCUCUGGUAAUUAGAUUGGCAUUGGCUGAAAUUUUCUGUCAAAAUUGUGGCAUAUUAGCAUUAGAUGAACCCACAACUAAUCUAGACGUUUCACAUGUAAAGGGGCUGGGAGAAUCAUUAGCGAGACUUGUAAAUGAAAGGAAGAGUUUGCACGGGUUUCAGCUUAUAUUGAUAACCCAUGAUGAAGAGUUUGCAUCGAAAUUGGCGUUAGAUUGUGGUUGUCACAGGUACUAUAAGAUAGAUAAAAAGGAUAGUGGCAGUGCGAUUGUUGCUAUAACCCCCUAA